CGAGAUCCGUGUGGGUGACUCAGACUGUCAGUUCCAGCUAGGCAGACGCAGGCGUGGGGAAGGCAGCUCCAGAGAUCUGAGUCACUGACCCGUGCUCCCGUCUCUCUGCCAGGCUGUGAACCGCGAUGGACACCCCAUCUCAGAAGAGGGCCACACGGAGUGGGGCAGGUGGCACCCCGCUCUCUCCCACCCGCAUCACCCGCCUGCAGGAGAAGGAGGACCUGCAGGAGCUCAACGACCGGCUGGCCGUCUAUAUUGACCGGGUGCGCUCGCUGGAGUCGGAAAAUGCCGGUCUCCGGCUGCGCAUCACCGAGUCCGAGGAGGUGGUGAGCCGCGAGGUGUCGGGCAUCAAGUCGGCCUACGAAUCGGAGCUGGCGGAUGCCCGCAAGACCUUGGAUUCUGUGGCCAAGGAGAGGGCACGACUGCAGCUGGAGCUGAGCAAAGUGCGGGAGGAGUUCAAGGAGCUGAAGGCACGGAAUGGCAAGAAGGAAGGGGACCUGCUGGCCGCUCAGGCUCGCCUCAAGGACCUGGAGGCCCUGCUCAACUCCAAAGAGGCUGCGCUCACCACCGCCCUGGGGGAGAAGAGGAACCUGGAGAAUGAAAUCCGGGAGCUGAGGACGCAAGUGUCCAAGCUGGAAGCCGCCCUGGGCGAGGUGAAGAAGCAGCUGCAGGACGAGAUGCUGCGCCGGGUGGACGCCGAGAACCGUCUGCAGACACUGAAGGAAGAACUCGACUUCCAGAAGAACAUUUACAGCGAGGAACUUCGCGAGACCAAGCGUCGCCACGAGACCCGCUUGGUGGAGAUCGACAACGGCCGCCAGCGGGAGUUUGAGAGCAAGCUGGCCGAUGCCCUCCAGGACCUGCGGGCCCAGCAUGAAGCCCAGGUCAGACUGUACAAGGAGGAGCUGGAGAAGACCUAUGGCUCCAAGCUGGAGAAUGCCAAGCAGUCGGCGGAGAGGAACAGCAGCAUGGUGGGCGCCGCCCACGAAGAAUUGCAGCAGUCGAGGAUCCGCAUCGACAGCCUCUCGGCCCAGCUCAGCCAGCUGCAGAAGCAGCUGGCUGCCAAGGAGUCGCAGCUGCGGGACCUGGAGGACGCGCUGGCCCGGGAGCGGGAGACCAGCCGACGCAUCCUGUCCGACAAGGAGCGGGAGAUGGCGGACAUGCGAGCCAGGAUGCAGCAGCAGCUGGACGAGUACCAGGAGCUGCUGGACAUCAAGCUGGCCCUGGACAUGGAGAUCCACGCCUACCGCAAGCUGCUGGAGGGAGAGGAGGAGAGGCUGAGGCUGUCUCCAAGCCCCACCUCCCAGAAGGGGGGCUCCAGGAUCCACGUGAGCCACUCCUCCACGCCGGGCUCCUCCAAGAAGAGAAAGCUGGAGGACGGGGAACGCCGGACGAGCUUCUCCCAACAUGCGAGGACCAGCGGCCGCGUGGCCGUGGAAGAGGUUGAUCUGGAAGGGAAAUUUGUCCGUCUCAGGAACAAGUCCAACGAGGACCAGGCAAUGGGGAGCUGGCAGAUCAAGCGUCAGAAUGGAGACGAGGCCCCCAUCAGCUACCGCUUCCCUCCCAAGUUCACCCUGAAGGCCGGCCAGGUGGUCACGAUCUGGGCCUCCGGAGCCGGUGCCACCCAUAGCCCUCCCACUGACAUGGUGUGGAAGGCCCAAAGCUCCUGGGGCUCUGGAGACAGCCUGCGUACCGCCCUGAUCAACUCCAGCGGAGAGGAGGUGGCCAUGAGGAAGCUGGUACGCACGGUGAUCAUCAAUGAUGAUGAUGAGGAUGACGAUGACGAAGUCAGCGUCCACCACCGUCACCACCAUGCCCACUGCAGUGGCACAGGUGAUCCUGGGGAGUACAACCUGCGUUCCCGCACUGUGGUGUGUGGCACCUGUGGCCAGCCGGCAGAGAAAGCCAGCGGGGGCCCGAAUGUCGCAGCCGGAUCCAUGUCCUCGGAAUCAUCCGCCUCUAGCCUCACCAUCACCCGCAGCUACCGCUCCCUCGGGGGAACCGGCGGGGGCAGCGGGGGCAGCCUUGGAGAAAACCUGGUGACCAGGUCCUACAUCCUGGGUAACUCCAACCCCCGCACUCAGGGUCCUCAAAACUGCAGCAUCAUGUAACCAGCAGAGGGUGCUCUCCUUGCUUACACCCCGCCAUAUCAUGCUAUUUUUUUCCCGCAAGGCUAGAAAACCAUUCCCCCCCCUUUUAAAACAAAGGGUUUUUUUUUGUGUUUUUUCUACAGCAGAAAUUUUAUAUAUAUAUAU